AAAACUCGGAACUAUUAAGUUAAACACAAGUUUCCAGACGGACAGUCAGUAGUGAGGGCACGAGCUCUACCAUGAGCUGCUAGAUAGUGAUAUAAGUUUCUGUAUAGUUGUUUUAUUGGAUGAAUGUGUGUAUUUAAUGUGAGAUCGGAUUAUCUGUGUGAGAUUGGAUUAUCUGUGUGAUUAUACGCGUGUUUAUUCUGAUUAAUUGAACUGGAGCAGUAGGAGAGACGGCGGAGAGUACAGAAUCAGUUCCACCUUCAGCACAGCAGCAACUCCUCCUUCUCCUUUAACUUCUCCACUGAGCUCGUUCCCUCCUCCCCCCCGGAGCACCAUGGACCCGAGCGAGACGCGUCCGGGCCACGAGUCAGAAACCGGCUCGGGUUUCGCUUUCAACUUCCAGACCCCUGCAGCAGCGGCGCAGACAGAGGCCGAGCCGGAUCCGAGCGCGGGGGGAACGGAGACGGGCGAGGCGGCCCGAGACUCCAAACCCACUGCCAAGAAGAAGAAGAAGAAGAAGAAGAAAUCGGGAGUGAGUGGAGGAGAGGAAGCUGGACUGGAGAACGUCAGCAAACCAGGAGAGGAAGUGGCUGAGCAGGAGAGCACCAAGCUGACUCCUGAGCAGCAGCUGAGUCGAGAACUAGACUGGUGUAUUGAGCAGCUUGAGUUGGGAUUGAGAACUCAAAAGUCUUCAACCAAACAAAGAGAGGAAGCCUCUCGUGCUCUGAAGACUCUGCGCAGCUCCAAAGCCCCGGUGGUGAAGAAGAGGCAGGUGAUGCGAGCCGUGUCCGGAGACUACCGCAAGAAGAUGGAGGAGGACCGGGAAAGACAGCAAAAACUGAUCCGCUCAGCGAUGUCAUUGGCGACGGUGACGCGCGUCUCCGAGCCGCGCUGUAGAGCGGCGUACACACGGCACGUCCCGACUCGCCAACCUGCAGCACACGCAGACGUCAGCCCGCCUCCACUUCCUGCCGAGCAGACGGGCGGAGACAGAUUCGUGCUCAGACCCUCAGGACAGGAGUUUCGCUUUAACUUCGACGUCUGACAGAGACCCACAAACACGUCAUGUGACAUAAUGCACAUCAGUAUUGGACACCUGAGAUCUUCUUAAACGUCCCAGUCCACGUUUAGUCCCCGUUUUGCUGUUUGAGAGAUUUAUUUAACCAUCCACCUUCCAUCCAACAUCCAUCUUCCACACUUUCCAUACAUCUUCAAUCCAUCCAUCUGACUUCCAUCCAUCGUCCAGACACAAGUUUUCAAAGUCAGGUUCCAUAAGGUUUAGCAGGAGAUCAUCUAGAUCUUCCAAGGCGUGGUGAAGAAUCAGGUGGAAAAGUUGGCUGUCUGAAUACUAAUGUGUUCCAGGGUGGAGUUUUCAUUAAGUCACGUGUGAUUUAUAGUAAAAAUAUUGUUGUAUAUACAUUUUUGUAGACCUGUCGCGCGCCGGUUGUAGCGUUGCCAUGGCAACGUGACGUAACGGCGUUGUGGGAAAAAAACACAUUUUUUGUCUUUAAAACAACGAAACGUUUGUGGAAUGCUGUUGUUUCCUAAGUUGUUGUCUUUAAAUACUGCUAAUAAAAAUGUGAUAAUUCGAUAAACAACAA